AUGAACAUCAAUGCAACAGCGGAUGUUCUAUUAGCAACGGCGCAAGUUCGAAUAAAAUCAUUGCACGGAGAAUUUUUAACAGUGAAGGCGUUAAUAGAUCAAGGAUCACAAGUUACAUUCAUAUCGGAAGACGUAGCCCAACUGCUGCAGCUGCCCAGAAAAAAGACUGAUGUGAGGUUACAAGGUCUAGGAAAAACAAUAGUCGGUGUGGCAAAAUCGAAAGUGGCAUUGGAGAUACGACCCAGAUUUGUAAGCGAUAUUAAAAUUGAUGCAGAAGCACUAGUUCUCCCAUCGCUAGCAUCAGCCCAUCCUGAUAGAUCGUUCCACUAUGAUGUGGAUAAAUGGAGAAAUGUUAACCUGGCAGAUCCAAAUUUCAACAGAACGGAAAAAAUAGACUUAGUCAUUGGAGCCGACCUCUACUCACAGAUAUUAGAAGAAGGAGUUCGUCAUGAUGAUCAAAUUGUGGGCCAAAACACAAAGUGGGUUUGGAUUUUGUCGGGAACAGUUAUAAUGAAACCUGCAGCAACAACAACGAAGUCUGCAGCAACAACAACAAUUGAACGAUUUUGGGAGAUUGAAGAAAUAGAAGACGAAGAAACCAGCUUAGAAGACGAAUACUGCCUUAAGCUUUAUGAAGACACAACACGCAUAGAUAAUUCAGGCAGAUUCGUCGUUCGCUUGCCGUUUGCUGAAGACAAGGAGUUAGGAAAAUCUUAUAAAAGAGCUAUGGCAAGGUUUUUAAGCUUGGAGAAAAGGCUUGAAGAGAGUACUUAUCUGAGAGAGGAAUAUAAUAAAACAAUGAGCGAGCUCAUAUCGAUGAAACACAUGGUAAAAGUGGAAGAACAGAAAGAAGCAAAGUACUAUAUGCCGCACCAAGCAGUUGUAAGAGAAACGAGCCUUAUCACAAAAGUAAGGGUUGUGUUUGAUGCUUCGUCGAAAACAUCAAACGGAAAGGCACUGAAUGACAUACUUCACGUUGGACCAAAGAUGCAAUGGGAUAUUUUCGAUAUCAUUACCAAGUGGAGAUCGUGGAAGUUUGUGAUCUCGGCCGAUGUGGAGAAAAUGUUUAGAUAG